AGGAGGCAGGAGAAAUCUCAGUGAAAGCCCCCCUUUUAUAUUGGCAAGCUUUUAUGAACUCUGGAGAGGAAUACGAAUAAAGUAGGACCAGGCAUGGAGAUUAGAAGCAAAUACGAGGGGAGAUUAGAUGUGAGCUAACAAGAAAAGUACAGUAUCCACCGGAACUGAGAGAAAUAUUGAACAAUCCCUGAGAUGUGUACUGGACAGCAAUCAGCUAGCCAUAAUCCCACCUUAAUUGAAAUUAGUAACAUCUGGCUUAAUUCUCAAAAAGCCACGGUCAAGCCCCCAGCAGUAACCCCAGCUUAGCUUGGUGCAUUGGCAGUGGCAAACAGGGUGUCCUCCUGCCCCUCCCUUUUCUUCGCCAUAGUACCCGUAUUCAAGAUUCGGUUAAUUGAUCAAACUAUCUUGGAAUCAAAGGAAAAGAUGGUACCAACGUGACAUUGUGAAGCAAUACACCAUAAACGUACCUCGAAGCCUGGAAUCUACCUUUCCAGUGGGCAGCGUCGUACUUUAACUGUUUCAAGUUUCUCAUAAAGCAAACACAUUUUCACAUAGAAGAAUCGAAGACAGUGCACGGGAAUCAUCUCAAGGUUAGCGUGUGGAUUCAUUAACCCUAGCAAUUGCAUGGGUCGGGCGUAAGCUUGGAGCUAGUUUGUUUGCGUGAGAUUGCUUUAGAACCCAUUGGGAUGUCGUUAGUAAGCAAUCAUGUUAGGCCCAAUUCAACUUCGAGUAUCUAGUUACACAUGGCGCGAAAAUAUGGUGAAAGUGCAGGUGUCGGGCGGGUCCCACGACUGGAUUUGGAUGACUCUGUCAGAAACAUUUUUCUAGAACCAACUCAAAACUUCCGAUGUCUUCAGGUCCGUUGUGGUCAGCAGUUUAUCAAUCCAAAAAAGGUUACUUAUCUACAAAUACAUAUAUGUAUUGAAUUGGUAAAGCAAUCCUAGGAGUCCUCUCGUUUCUUUCCGAGUAGACGAAAAUGUCGCAGUAUUACCGAUGGAGGAAGUUCAAGGAAGACGAGGAUCGACCCGAAAAGCCUCGCCGGGUUGGGGUGACAGAAAUGAGGGGACCCAAUCACAGUCUCUUGACCCAGAACGUCCUCCAGGAUAUAUUUGAGUCAAUGGGUCAAUUUGUUGAUGGAUUGAAGUUCUCUGGGGGUUCCCAUAGCUUGAUGCCCAAAUCAUUUCUCAAACAAGUGAUUGACAUGGCUCACGAGCAUAACGUGUAUGUUAGUACUGGUGAUUGGGCCGAGCAUUUGAUUCGUAAAGGUCCUUCAGCUUUCAAAGAUUAUGUCGAGGAGUGUAAGCAAAUUGGGUUUGACACAAUUGAGCUGAAUGUGACAUCACUUGAAGUUCCUGAAGAAACUCUUUUGAGAUAUGUGAGAUUGAUUAAAAGUGGCGGCCUAAAAGCCAAACCUCAGUUUGCUAUCAAGUUUAAUAAGUCUGAUAUUCCUACUGGUAGAGAUAGAGCGUUUGGAGCUUAUAUUCCUCCUUCACCUCGAUCAACUGAAUUUGUUGAGGAUGUGCAUCUCUUGAUUAGAAGGGCUGAGAGGUGCUUAGAAGCUGGUGCGGACAUGAUAAUGAUUGAUGCAGAUGAUCUAUGUAAACAAGCUGACUCUGUACGGGCAGACAUAAUUGCAAAGGUUAUUGGGCGUCUAGGUCUUGAGAACACCAUGUUUGAAGCUUCAAACGCUAAAGCUUCUGAGUGGUUUGUCAAACAAUACGGACCAAAGGUCAACCUCUUCGUUGAUCACUCUCAGCUAAUGGAUUUGGAGUGUCUCAGGGGGCGCAACCUGGGAAAAAAUCACACCUCGGUUCUUGGUUCUUCAUAUUUUCUGUUCUGAUCUGAUAAGACCUCUAGGAGAUACCACUCCUUUGUUGUAAUUUGUUAAGUAAUUUUGUCACAUGUGGUUUCUGUGCUGUGUUAUGUUUGUGGUGUGAGUGUGAAGUUAAAUGAAACCUUUAUUAGCGAGUUAUUGCAAUAGAGU